CUGGUCCAGGGCAUAAGCCACACAGCACUUUGCUCGCUGAUAAGACUCCUUGGAAGAAGAAGAGAGCAAACCACCAUCCUGAGCUGCCGCAGUACAUUUCAGCAGUGGAGCUGGUUUCUGAGACGCUUCACGGUUAAUGGAGGAUGGACAUUAGACUGAUGGAAAGAGAAGUCGAUUUAAAAUUUUUUUUUUGUUUGUUUUGGACUAUUUUAAAAAUUCAUGUUAACAUCGGAAUGCUUAAAAAAAAACGUUUCGUAGCUCUGCUCCUAUUCGUUCGUGUCUCUUCGUGAAGUUUGAACCUUUUUGCAUAGGAAUGUCUCUUAAUAUUUUCAUUUAUUUUUUUAUUUAUUGAAUUUUGAGCUCUCUUUUUUCCCCUGAAGCUACACAAGGAAAAUUGAACACUGAGUGGUUUUAUAAACAAGUUUAAGAAAAACAUAUUGGGUUUUAGAAAGAAAAAAAAGCCAAGAAGUAAAAGCUGGAGCUGUAUUAUCGCAACGGGUUUACGUUUUGAGUGGGACUGAACGAGUUUGGAGCACCUUUUUCCUCCGCGGACUCUGCUAAGGGGGUCACGCAGCAGGACAGAGCUCACAGGCGCGCGUAGUUCCGCGAGGGGAGCCGCUGCCUCCUCCUCCCCCUCCUGCCCGCGCGCCGUGCUGAGGAGAGAGGCUCGCUCGCGCUUCCAUAAAUGCCCGGUCCGUUGGAGAGGCUCGAGGCUGGGCAGCAAGAUGAGCUCGUGGGUACAGCUGCUGCUGCUCGCGUUGCUGGCGGCGUGUGCGGAGUUUGGCGUGGCCGAGGAGGACGCUCUGCCUGCAGCCCUGGUGGAGCUGGUUAGAAACAGCCCUAUCACUUCCAUAGAGGACCUCCAGCUGCUGCUGCUCACUGACUCCGUAGAUGAGGAGGAAGGUAACUCUGCAGCCAAUGGAGGUCACAGAUUACCACGGAGCCUCGACGCUCAGCCCGCCCAGCAGGCUCAGUGUAAAGUUCGCACAGAAGUGGUCGAGGUCACCAGAGCCAUGUUAGACCGCAGCAAUGCCAACUUUCUGCUGUGGCCUCCGUGUGUGGAAGUUCAGCGCUGCUCUGGCUGCUGCAACACCAAGAGCCUGCAGUGCGUUCCCGUUGUCACGCACACCAGAUACUUGCAGGUCAUGAAGAUUGAGUACAUCAACAAAAGACCCACUUAUGGUAAAGCUAUAGUGUCAGUCGUGGAUCAUGUGGAGUGCAGAUGUCAGUCUGCUCAGCGUGCUGCUGUACUCAAGAAGAAAUCCUCUCACAGACUGCACAGUCACCUGCAUCAAAAUCAGACACACAGCCCAGGAUCUGUGCAAGGACAGGUGAAGGUGCACUCCAAGAAUAAACUCCAUCAGUUGGAUGAGCUGAAACAAAAUCAGAGGGCUGAUCUGGAGGAUUUCCUGGAACAGCAAUGGGACCCCAGAGGAGACACCAUUCAUCAUCCUGGAGAUGGGUACAGUGUUGCUGGAGAAGACGUGUCUCUGUCUGAGGAGACUGUUUUCUUUCCUCCGCACUGGGCUCAUAACUUUACCAGGGUUCUUGGGACGGAAGAUCAAAUGGAGGCACAGGAGAAUGUGGGGAGCAGGAAUGUUGAGGUUUCUAAAGACAAAUCAGGACCCUCUAUGGGUGAUGUGGGUGUGGAAGCAAAGACAAGGUUGGGAGAAGACGGGUUAAACAGCACUGAAGGCAAUACUAAAACAGGACACAAAGACACACAAACGCAUAACCCUCUAGGGCAAGAUGACAAAUCCAAACCUUUUAGAAGCCAUAAUGGUGUUGCUGAGAAGCCUCAAGCCAUGUUCAAUCCUAGUGAGGAAACCCUCAUUGAAGUAAAAAGCAUGUUCCGACCGACCAAAGAACCAAAUCCAGAGCCUCGACAACUGGCAGGAAGGAGAGAAAAUGAGACUCCGGAUGUGGAAAGGAUGUUACAAACCGAGGAGGAAAAAUUAGAGGCUGAGAGAAAAGAGCUUCUCCUUCUCCACAAAAGGUUGGAUGAAGAGAAGGAAUUACUGCGACAGCAGAAAAUGAAGCAGGAGGAGGAGGAAAGGCUGAAAGAAAAGGAGACACACAGUCAACAUCUCCAACAUAGGAAACAUCAUCAUCUGCAUACAACAUCAAAAACAGAGACAACAACAACCACAGCUACUACACAGAAAGCAUCGGCUUCAACAGAACCCAGACGCCCAGUUCGUCCAAACCCUCCAAAACGAAGAAUGAGGAAGAAUCGCAUACGGAUCAGCAAGGCAGCAAUGAGAGCAAUGCUCAUGUAGGACUGGAAUUAAACCAGGGACACAUGGAGAAUAUGUUGCAAGGUGGGAAAUAUCCAACGAUAAAGCCAGAUGACUCCUUUGGUUUAAGUAUUUAUUUGUCAGUAACCUGGUUGUCCAGUGAGAUCUCCUUGGUAACACUACUAAUGACUGUCUGCUGAACCUGUAACUGUCUCUGGAUGGACUACAACACAGAUUAAGAGGGAAAAAGGGAAUAUGAACAAAGGAUGGACCUUCUCUGGAACAUGCUUCCUACUCUGAAAAUUUGAUAUUGUGAAGUACCAAAUGGCACCCAAAGACAGACAAAGUGUGCACAAGGUGCACAAGCUCAGUGACUGUGUGGGACUGAAGAAGCAU